AUUCAAUUUUUACCCAGAAAGAAGAGUAGGAAUGGAAGGAAAGGCGCAUGGCAACAGACGUUCAAACAUUGGAGUCGCACCUACCAUUCCUUCUCUCCUUCCCGUUGCAUGCUACUUGCAAUCGACUCAUCUUCCUUUUGAUGAUCCCUUGAAGCUUCGUCCUGUGUCGGAGGAGUUCUGCCAUGGCCAGGACGGCGACCAACAACAGCAUCCAAGCCAAGCUGGUGUUGCUUGGAGAUAUGGGAACAGGAAAGACAAGCAUAGUGCUACGGUUUGUCAAAGACCAAUAUUUCGACUGUCAGGAGUCAACAAUAGGAGCAGCAUUCUUCUCUCAAAUUAUCUCACUAAAUGAGGCGACUGUAAAAUUUGAUAUAUGGGACACGGCUGGACAGGAGAGAUAUCAUAGUUUAACUCCAAUGUAUUAUCGCGGUGCAGCUGCAGCAAUCGUGGUCUAUGAUAUCUCAAGCAUGGAUUCCUUCAUUAGGGCACAAAAGUGGGUUCUGGAACUUCAAAGACAAGGAAAUCCAUAUCUGAUAAUGGCUCUAGUGGCGAACAAGGUUGACUUGGAAGCAAAGAGGAAGGUGGAGACUGAGGGAGGAUUGCAAUAUGCUCAAGAACACGGGUUGUUCUUCAUUGAAACUUCGGCAAAAACAGCAGAGAAUAUCAACGAACUCUUUUAUGAAAUAGCUAAGAGGCUUGUGAGAAUUCGUCUUCCACCAUCAUCUGGGAUGAACUUGACCAAUGAAAUGAGAAUCGUCGGAAGGAGAUUCUUUUGCUGCUCGGGAUGAUUUACACGGAAUUCACUCCCUCUGUUGAUCCUGUUGUUUACUAGCAAACAUUUGUAAAUUUAUUUGAAUAAAUAAACUGCUAAAUUGUGUAUGUUUGGAUACAAAUUUCUUCCUUUCUAUUAUUUUCAAAUCGCUUGGAAUUAUCAUAA